CUUUGUUUCUGUAAUUCAUUUGUUAGUGAGCAGUUACCUAAUUUGUUUUGUCUCGUUGCAAACACAGCAAACCCAUCGCUAUUGCCACACCAUCAACUACUCCUCCUUUCCGGUCCCGGAAUAUUUUCCUUUUCAAAAUUUCCUUCAGCUGUGCUACAUUUCCAAUAGUUUGAUUGUUGCUCUAAAUAAUCUGUCAAUGUCAUAAUGAUUCGAUGCGAAUAUUCUUCAGUGUCCUGGCGUUAGUGCGCGUCGUUUCCACUCAAGAACCGAUAAGGGGCGCAGGGGAAUUAAAACGAGAGCCGUAGGAGGUGUGCCGAUCAACUUUACCAACAUGGUGCAUUGGGGGAUCAAGCUGUUUCACGUGGUUGCUUUCUGCACGUACGCAUACUGCAUCUACUAUUCCGAGGUUCACUUGGACAUUCCACAGCGGUCUCCAUCCCACAAGAGAUUCGGCCGCUACAAGUACCUCACCCAUUGGAACUUGACAUUGCAGGGGUUAAUGUUCACCCUGAGCUGCUUCCUCGACUUUGCGCCGAUGCGAAACAAGCGAAGGCUCAAGCAGGUCUACGACCACUUAUUUGUGUCACUGUCGUUACCAGCGAGCAUGUUUGUGACCGGAUUAUUUUGGGCACUCUACUUCUAUGACCGAGAGCUGAUUUUUCCAAGAUCACUUGCGAUAUACUACCCAUGGUGGCUCAAUCAACUAUCGCACACCAACAUUACAUUUUUCGCACUGCUCGAAGCCAAGCUUGUCUACCAUGCCACGCCUGCCAGGAGAGAUGGAUUUCGCACCAUCUUCAUACUUGUCUGUGCCUACGUCGGAUGGAUCGUGUACCUCGGAAUGGUGCAUGACCUGUGGGUGUAUCCAGUGCUCGAGUACAUGUCACCAGCCCUGCUGCCGAUCUUCAUCGGCUGUUGCUCGGCGGCCAUAUUUGGCGUGUACGUUGUUGGAGAGAAAAUCAACUACAGGUUCUGGCCCACCAUAGCUGUGCAAAGGCAUGACCUGAGUGUAUCAGAGUCUGAACAUGUAGACUAAUGCUGUGGUGCAGCCCGAAGAAAUCGUUUUAUCUAGUCUCACAGCCCUCGCUGAAAAAUUGCGCAGAAAUUGUCACUUUACCUAGCAGCUGUUACGGCGUGGCUAGUGAGUGAAAAGAUAGCAUUGUUUGUUGCAUGAUGGUAUUGUGCGAAAUGCAAUAUUGAUGUACACGCAGCGUACAAAAGACGAAACAGAGGCUGUCAAAUUAGGCUUCGUAUACUCGGAGAAAGAAAUACUGUCAAUUCGGCAGUUGUCCAUGCAAUUUUACAAUUUUUGAUGUUAGUAGCAGGCGUAAUUCAUUGUUACCGUGCCAGUAACAGGCCAGUCCGUACUAGUCAAUAUGUCAUUAAAACGCGGUUUAGCUUGCUGUGAUGGCUUCUUUCCAAAGGUGCAUGUUUGAGUGCCCCCAUAUUUCACACCAAAGAAGCAUGAGCCACAAAAAUAUCUAAUUGUUGUCAAUUCAUUACCCCUUGUCAUGAGGAAAGGGGAGAAUGUCGAUAUCACGAGCGACAGUACCCGUGGUUCAUGCUAAUGCAACACAGUUGAUCCAGGAUAUAUCGAAUUAUUUUCUAUAUCGAACAGUCAUAUAAAUUCCCUUGAAAAUCCCAUGAAUGAAAGCAUAGCGAUGUACUACGCGUACAUCGAACUCUCGUUCACUGCCACAUUCGAUGUAUUGAGCGCUGCGCCGCACCGCUGGAAGUGCGCUUCUCCUAACCGAGCCAUGAUCACUCCUCGCGUCGUCGGGAAUAUUUAAUGCCGACAUAUUUGAAACGGCACUGUUUUGGCAAGUGCUGUCAAACAAGAUUUUGAAUCCAAUGGGCAGUUCAUCCAUGGAGGAAAAAUGAGCAGGGUACUCUCAGUUUUGCUUGCUGCGCAUUCGGAUGGCUCGUGCAAACUGCGGCCAUUCAUUAUCGGCAAGAGCAGAUCACCAAUCUGCUUCAAGAACACAAAAAGCCUCCCGGUCCGAUACACGUUCCACAAGAAAGCAUGGAUGACACUCGAUCUUACACUUUACACUGAGUGGUUCCGGGUAUGGGAUGUUCGAACUGGAGAUGCUGCACCACCGGGUUAGUCUUCUUCUAGACAAACCAAAGCAUUUUAGGAUUCCGUGAGCUGCCAGAACGAAUGCGACCUAAACCUCCACUUGGACCGAUCUUCACAUUGCAGUUUGAAUUUAACAAUACCACGGCAUGCCACAACCGCACUGCAGUGUCAUAUCCAGGCUGCGCGGGCUUUUAGGGGUAGUAUUGCGAAGACCAUUCUGCACUGCUCGUGAGAAAAAAAUAAGUCAACUUUUGUGCGUUUGACAUGGCCUUGGCGAAGCAAAUCCGUAAGUUACUGCUUUUGACAGUCUAGGGAAAGUGUCCGAGACGUGCAGAGAUUUCAAAUAAGCUUUAGAUAGGCAUAUUUAAAAUUAUCGAUAUAUAUCGAUCUAUGUUGCAAUCUCCUUCAAGUUUGAAUAUAUCUGGGAUCAACUGUACUUUCUUUAAUAGACAGGAAGCUUGGUUUAUAGCUUUAUUACUUAUUGUGAUGUUUUGUUCUUUUCUACUAUUCCAUCGAUAUUCUUAUGGUUAUGUAAUGUGGGGUAUGUUAAGUAUGUAGUGCUAGUUCCUUUUUACUGUUUUGGCAUAGCUAUUUUAAUUAGAUAUAUGGGUGAUACAGGUAUGUGGUUAAUGUUUUCCUACCCAUUUCCCACCGAACAGGCAUGUUAGAAUGUGGUACUGCCAUUUUUUGCAUGGGAAUACCCAGGUGUACAAUGCUGUCUCCUCUGAAAGCAUUUGCAUGCAACCUCCAAUGCCUUUUUGAGAGAAUAAAAAGUUCAUAUGUUA